AUGACAGGCUCGGAGGGGCAGUCUGUGUAUGAAUCUGCAGACCUGGUUGCCCUCUUGAGAAAGCAGCUCGAGAACGAACAGCCGGCGCCUUAUCAAGGAGGUAGUAUGCUUUCUGUGGACUUUUCGUCGCCGCUUGGUGGCGCGGCUCGCGCCGAGCGAAUUCGCCAAAUGUCGCAUAAUCAUGUAAGGUUUGCCCCCAACCUCUCGCACGAGACGGCAGCUCAUGUUUCGCAACAGCCUGCCUUUGAAAAAUCUCGAUUUGCACAGGAAAUACUCGUCAAGAUCCAACAUUCUCUCCGUCGAAUGCCUGGCGUGUCGUCGAGCGAGUCUGGCGAAAUCGUCGGCCAGCUCCAAGAAGUCGGACAGGUCAUCAGCCAAGAGACCAGCCAGCUCGUGGACGCCCUGAUGAACGUCACCCUCGACCAGGAGGACACUGACAAGGCCGUUGCGCGCUUGAGCCUGGAUGCCACCAUUCUCAACGCCGAGAUGGACGACAAGGCGCAGACUAUUAGGGACCUCCGCACUGAGCUUGACGCGGAGAGGAAGAAGCGCGAGCAGGCGGAGCUGGAUGUUAAGAAGGUGAUGGGCGAUCUGCAGCGAUUGAGGGAGGAUUUCAAAAAGCUUCAGGAGAAGGCAACGAGGAAAGAUGAGGGCGCGGACGCUGACGUUCGUGAUGACAUUGUCAAGAGCCUCGAGGAUUCGAUACGCUAUUUGGAGGAUCAAGUCAAUAAUCGGCGCUCGCUGUGGCUCAUGAAGCAUUCGGAUCCGCAGUCUGUCGCGCGUGCUAUCGAGACGCUGGCUGAUUCGGUGCAGGACAACCAAGCCGCUCACCAGUCCAUCUUGUCCAUGAAGUCCAGAACCGCGCGCGGUGCUAACAACUACCAGGACACCAGACAUCAGGAGAACGCAGACGCUCGCCCGUACGGUGAGAUGGCGCCUCCGCCUCGUCCGCCUUCGGUCUUCCAGGCCCCGAGCACAUCCUGUGCGGUUGCUCCCCCCAAGUUCGGCCCCCUUCAAGCUGGGCCGCCUCGGGCCCCGUCUGCAUUCUCCCACGAACGACGAUACCAGGGAUCCGCGUCGUCGUGGAGCUCUGCCCAAGGCCGGUUUGCGCAGGCCGGGAACCCCUUCUUCAGCAACGCCGCGUCGUCGUUUACUCGUCCGCCGACGCGAAGACCAUACCAGGCACCUACUCGGUACCAACCUACUGCUGCUGCAGAGUUCCAGCCGGGCUACGCCCCCGAACAUGCUCCGGCCCGUCCUGGCACAGCAUUCGGCCACCACCAGCCUCCGCGCGAGUAUUACCCCCAGACGCCGACGACGUCUCGGUCCCGGUACGGACGACCUGCCGAACCCAGCAUGUCGGAGUACGGGAGCGCUCCCUCGUCGGCGGGCAACGCGGCCGCCGCGCGAGGCAUCCUCUCCGGGCCGCUGGUCCACAUGAACGAGCAGGCGGUGGCGGCGUGGAACGAGUCCAUCAUGGAGCUCUACGCCAUGAUCCGCGCGUUUGUCGAGCGCCACGCCAACGUGCCCGACCCGGCCAUGGCCAUGAAGAUGAGCACCCUGCCCCUGUGGCCCGUCCUCCUGGCCACCUACCACCCGCUCUCGGCCAAGGAGGCCGCCUCCUAUCUCGACAUUCACCUCCGCGCCGACAACCCCAAGUGCUGCCUCGUCACGCGCGUCAUCAUCGACUACAUCGUCAACCGGGUCUGGGUGCCCAACGCAUGGAUCGGCUCCAACGACGACUGCACCUACGCGCUGCUCGAGCUGGAAAAGGAUCUCGAAAAGACCCAAGGCCAACCCUCGGCGCAGCGGCAGCCCCUUCUCGACCGGCAAGCCCACAUCCUCGAGGCAAUCAUCAAGUUGGAGCCGCUGGCGUUCCACCGUGAAAAGGUGGGCGACAUCACGACCGCCCUCAUGGCCACCAUCCAGCCGCUGCUCAACCGCCUGGCCAACCCGGCCGACGCGUACCGCGACCUCGAGCUCGUCGCCGACCUGGCGUGGGACCUGUCGUCCAAGAUCCUCGCGUCGCGGCUCACGUUUGACUUUCGCUUCCCCGAGGUGGGCGCGCGCUUCUCCAGCCAGAGCAUGCUGCCUAUCUGGCCGGCGCUGGAGCCGACCGAGCUGCAGGCCAAGCACUGGCGGGUGGCGCUGGUGACGACGCCCGUCGUUACCUGUCGCAACGACACGGGGAGCAACAUCUCGGCGCAUUCGGUUGCCCUUGCGGACGUGUAUUGUAUGCAGUGA